GUGAUUCUGUCAUAAAGACGAGACCGCCCAUCAAACGUGGCGUCGUGGGCCCUUCGCGCUUAGCCCAGGGUCAACGAGCAAGGAAAGGCGCGGGCGGGGGUACUUUGCAGCCAACAACUGGAGCCAGUUUUCGUGUCCCGGGCCCGCUCUGGUACCUACGAUCCCUCAGACCACGCUGGCUUUUCAGCCCUCACGAUAGAGGGUGACAGUUUUUCAUUUCCAUAAGACAGCGGCCCUUAGCCAUACCUGUUCCCCAGAAUCACGACCAGCCCUGUGGGGUGCAGCACUUGACAAGUCACCCCUCCUCACGUACUACACCCGGGUUGGAGUUAACUUUGAGACUUCUUUCCUCCGAAUCCAAAGGUCUUUCUGCCUCAGUUGAAUUUCACCUGUAAAAUUGAAAGUUGGAGAUUCGGGUGUCAGGCAGAAAGAUUACCUUCAAUACUUUGCGCUCAUUUGAUCCACCACCACCCCCAAAGCGCAUGCUCACUAGAGAGUUUGUGGGAAAAGUGAAAUCCAGUACACGCAAAAUACUAUGGCUGAGUACGGGGCUCAUAUCACAACUGCUUCUGUGGCAGAUGACCAGCCAUCCAUCUUUGAGGUGGUAGCACAAGACAGUUUAAUGACAGCAGUGAGACCUGCUCUUCAGCAUGUGGUCAAGGUUUUUGCAGAAUCAAAUCCUGCCCACUGGGACUUCCUUUGGAGGUGGUUUGAUGAAAUCUUUACUCUGCUAGAUCUUCUGCUUCAGCAGCAUUAUCUGUCCAAAACGAGUGCCUCGUUUUCCGAAAACUUCUAUGGCUUAAAGCGUAUUGUAAUGGAGGACUCUCGCAAGGUUCAGACAUUGGCCAGUGCUGGUCUCCCCAAGAAGCACCUCUGGAAAUCAAUUAUGUUCCUGGUUCUUCUUCCCUAUCUGAAAGUGAAGCUGGAGAAGCUGGUUUCUAGCUUGCGAGAAGAGGAUGAAUAUUCUAUUCAUCCCCCUUCCUCCCACUGGAAGCGAUUUUACAGAGCCUUUCUGGCAGCCUACCCAUUUGUUAACAUGGCCUGGGAAGGCUGGUUUCUAGUACAGCAACUCCAAUACAUUCUAGGAAAAGCUCAGCACCACUCACCGUUACUGAGACUGGCUGGAGUUCGACUAGGUCGGCUGACAGUUCAAGAUAUACAAGCUCUGGAGCAGAGACCCCAAGCCAGUAUGAUGCAGCAACCAGCCAGGAGUAUUAGUAAGAAGAUAAAGUCAGCUCUGAAGAAAGGUUUGGGAGGUGUUGCCAUGUCCCUCUCUACCGGCCUUUCUGUGAGUGUAUUCUUCCUACAGUUCCUUGACUGGUGGUAUUCAUCUGAAAAUCAAGAAACCAUCAAAUCACUGACCGCCCUGCCUACUCCACCACCACCUGUACACCUAGAUUACAACUCUGAUUCUCCUCUGUUACCCAAAAUGAAAACUGUGUGCCCACUGUGUCGGAAAACCCGGGUGAAUGAUACUGUUCUUGCCACCUCUGGUUAUGUGUUUUGUUAUCGUUGUGUGUUUAAUUACGUGAGGAGUCACCAAGCUUGUCCCAUUACAGGUUAUCCAACAGAAGUACAACAUCUAAUUAAACUGUACUCCCCUGAGAACUGAAAGAUUAGCAUAUUAUCUCACAACUUAAAUAUUGCACUGUAAGGCCACAGGGCUAUUUUUUAGCAUGGUACAUAGCAUUGACAUCUUUCUGGCCAAUUCAUAAAGAUAUUAUCUCUGAACUACAAUAUAGAUUUCUUUAAUAAAAGGAUAUGUGCAUUUGAUCCUAAUCUUUUGGUCUGUUCUCUAGACCCCUACUUACAGCUGAGCAAGCUGGUUAAAGUAAGAGCAUCAAGACUAGAGGAUGUGUUAGCCAACACAGGGGAGGUAAAUAAAAAAGAGUAACUAAUACAGAAAAAUAAGUAGUAUAGAAACUCCCAGGAAAACCCCACCUUAGAUCUCAUAAAGUGGUGGUGAGGGAAAGCAGGCCUCCUCUUUAGAAAAGGAAGUAUUUAUUAGUCUAUGAGGUAGAGAUUUUGUCAGUUCAUAAACAAUAUGAAACACAGACUUGCUCUUUAUAGAAAUACUUAAACAUGUUAGGAAAACAAAUUCUUUCAUAUACUGGGACCCAUUUAUUGAGUGACAUCUGCUACAGUUUUUCAGCUUGAGGAUUCCUGAUGAGCCAUACGUAUUUCCUUAGGAAGCUGGUUAAAGGAAAAUGGGAUGAGUAUAGAGUGUAGUCUGAAAAUUUUAGUGUGACAGCAAAGCUUGCAAGCAGUGAAGAGAUAAGUAAAAUACCUAAUUAUAAUGAAAAGACCUUUUAAUGAACUCUUUCUGCUUAUUCUUAUUGCUUACUCAACUGGGAUGAAUUAUCCUGGUUGUUACUAAAGUUUCUAUGAAACAUUUAAUUAAAUUUUAAAAAUAGAUGACAAAGAACUGUCAUUAUGUGGAAACAAAUCUUGAGGCAUUUAAAUUUCCAUUCAAACCACCUUUGAGUUUUUGAGGUAUUUUUGUAUUAGCAUUUGGGGGUUUUUGUUGUUGAUCCAAUAAUAAGAGCAAAAAUCUUCUGUUCCAACAAGUCUACAACCUCUUGUAAAAUACCUUGUAUCAGAUAUACUGCAGAAACACAUUGCCUUUGUAACAAAAUCUAUGCUGCUGGGUUAGCAGGUUGGUGGAAACAUGGAUUUUAAAGAAAAUAAACAGGACAAAUGAAA